AUGUAAAUACAUCUUUUACUUGCUACUUUAAGAACUGAAAAACCUAAUUAGAAGCAAUAAUUCUUGAAAAUACUCUAAGAUCAUAUUCUUAAUUGCAUUAAUGAAUAAAGUGAUUAAGCUUGGGAAUAUUGCAAUAUUGCUAACAAAAAGAAUAUAAAUAAGUUAUUGAAGUUAUAUAAUUUUAGAGAUAGAGAUGUAUUUCACUAAAUUCUGACUAAAUUGAAACCACUUGUUUAAAUAUUUGAUAAAAUGGAUAAUAUUAGAAAAAGAGAAUGUAAGGAUAAAGCAAUUUAAAAAUUAUUGAUUUCCUUAAAAUUUGAAGCUGAAAAAAAAAAUAAGGCUUUAUUAAUAAAUUAUGUUUAGAUCAAAAUUUUACUUAAGUGUUAUAGGAGAAAAUAGUAGAAUUUUAAGAGAAAGAAAUAAAUUAAAUGA